AUGAAAAAAGUUCCUAAUUCUCAACAUAGUGAGCAUAAUGAGGAUCAAGAUGAUUCAGUAGGAGCUCAAAGAUUGCAAGAUGGCUUGGGAGCCAUGCGUGCAAACAAGCUGUUAAGAAGCCUGGAGAUCUCAGAUAAUAUACACUCGAAAGUUGCUAGACACGCAUUCGACAAUCCUAACGGAACGCGAUCAACUAGAAGCCGUCACGACGUUGUUGAACAGCUUAAACCUGAAAUUGCAAUUCAAAAGCACAUAAAUGGUGGUUUGGAGGACAGUAGGACGACUUUAGAUACUGUGAAAAGUUUUAAAUCACAGACAUCUAUUAGGGGAAUUCCAAGUAAUAUAGAAGAAGCUAAUCUGCUGAACCCUAAUGUGCAGUUUAUAUCAGAUAACGUUGGAGAGUCAAUUUCAGCUGAUUUUUCUACAGUAAAAAUACGAUACAACCCAUUAAAGUUUUUAAACUUUCAAAGAUUAUUACGUGCUUCCAGUGAGCUCCAAGAUAGGGAAAAGAACUCGCACUAUCGUCACGACUUCAAUGUUAACGAACCAGAGGAUUUGGCAUACAUGUUGGAUAACGACAGUGCCGUACCUUACCGUUGUGCGAUUGCCAAUAAAAGUGACUAUUCAACAUCCAAGACAUUGCCGAGUUCAGAAGACCGUGAGUUGUUUGAGAGAUUGCUGAUUCAAUCUUCAACCGCUGCAUAUUAUAAUUCCAACCAACUGUUAGCUAAUCACGACAAAAUGGAGUGUGAGGAUGACGCACCUUCUCGUAGCAAAUCUAAGAGGAGGUCUAUCUUCUUUCAGUCCAGGAAACCCCAAGUCAAACAAACCACCAAGGCUGCCGCCAUUGAAUGUAUAUUCAUCAGAGAUUAUGAAAUAGAAACAUGGUACACUACACCUUAUCCGGAAGAGUAUAACAGGAAUAAACUUCUCUACAUAUGUGAAUUUUGUUUGAAAUACAUGAGCUCGCGAUACGUCUUUCACCGGCACCAACUAAAGUGCAGGCUGUUUAGACCUCCCGGCAACGAAAUUUAUCGAGAUGGCAAGCUUUCAGUGUGGGAAAUUGACGGUCGUGAAAAUGUUAUCUACUGUCAGAACCUAUGCCUAUUAGCCAAACUGUUUCUGAACUCAAAGACCCUAUACUAUGAUGUUGAACCAUUUAUAUUUUACGUUCUCACUGAAAGAGAAGAUCUUCCGCAACAAUCGCCCCGAUUUCAUCUUGUGGGUUAUUUCUCCAAGGAAAAAUUGAACUCGACGGAUUACAACCUUAGCUGUAUAUUGACGAUUCCAAUAUACCAAAGAAAGGGCUAUGGCCAGUUUCUUAUGGACUUUUCAUAUCUGUUAUCAAGGAGAGAAUUUAAAUGGGGAACACCCGAGAAGCCACUGUCAGACAUGGGUCUUUUAUCAUACCGAAAUUACUGGGGAGUUAAGUGCGCUCAAGUUCUAAUGGAGCUAAAAGAUUUAUCGAAAUGUGACGAAGAAGAAUAUUUGCAAAUAACUCUAGAAGACAUAUCGAACCUGACUGGGAUGAUACCGACCGAUGUCGUCUUUGGUCUUGAACAGUUGAGGGUACUUCAACAAAGUAGCAAUAAUGAACUACCGCGGUACGUAAUCAAGAUUGAUUCAUGGGAGAUGAUUGAGAAAGAAGCUAACAGCUGGAAAUCUAGAGGCUACCAAACGUUGAAUCCUCAAAAACUGGUUUGGAAGCCAAUGAUUUUUGGUCCUUCUUGUGGUGUCAAUGCUGUUGGUACCAUGGUCGAGACAACUGGUGCUACGCGUACCACGUUAGGAACUGGCAACACCACUGAAGACUUCUUCAAGAGAAGUAUUUCAAUGUUGACAAAUUUUUUACAGGACGAUAUUCCAGAUUCAAGACCAAUGGAAGUUGGAGCAUGGCAAAAGAUAGUUGAUAGAGAGCCCGUAUUUCUGCCAAAAAUUCAAAGUGAUAGGUACUAUUUCCAGGACCCAUAUGGUAUUAAGAAUACUUUUGUACCAUACGAGGGAAGAACUGCAUCUCGAGAUUUGUCCAGCAGCAUCGAAGAGCCGACUGACAUUUCGAGCAAUCCUGUGAAAGGUGGUUUUGAUGAUGAGCAAUCGAUUGAGUCAGAGGUCAAUGGGACUGAUACGGGACAAGUAAGCCUGCCGCCAACGGCGUUUAAAAAUAAUCAAACGAAUAUCGGCAUCAGCAGUGUGGAAGAUGAUGAGCCGACGAUAAUUGGAGGAUUUCAGGAAGAUUCUCUGGCAGAGCCUGAAAAUCCUCAGCGUCUCCUGAGGAGCCGAGUAGUGUAG